AAGAAAGUGCUUCAAUAUGCUCAUUUAUUUCCUUCUCUCUAGAGAUCUACCUCGGCGGCAACUCGAUCUGAUAAGAUCAACUCGAAGAACUAUGAAGGGCAGAUGAAUCCAACGCACUUAAUAUUGAAGUAUGGAUUCAUCUGGCACAGAAACGAAGGCCGCAGUCAAACUAAAUGCCCUGUGGCGUAUCCCUUUCUUUGAUUCUUCUCAGACUGCAAACGCUUGUUCUUCUUCGUCUUCGUCUUCUGAGCUGCCACAUUGAGAAGAGCGACGACAAGGAGAUGGAGGAGAAGUCCUUGGACAUGGUGAUGGUUCCACUGGGUCUGCUGUUACUGGCCACCUACCAUCCGUGGCUCCUCUUCACCAUCGCCCGAGAUCCCAAGCGCACCGUCAUCGGCCUCAACGCUCAGGCGAGGGAACGCUGGGUGCGAGCCAUGAUGACCGACACGACGCAGAACGGCGUGCUGGCAGUGCAGACGCUGAGGAACAACAUCAUGGCGUCCACCGUGCUGGCGACCACCGCCAUCACCCUCACCUCCGUCACCAGCGUCUUCGUGAGGCUCACCACCACCACCGCGUCCGCCUCCCUCUUCCUCUACGGCAACAAGUCCCCCGCCGCCUACACCAUCAAGUACUUCACCAUCUCCCUCUGCUUCAUCCUCGCCUUCCUCUGCAACGUCCAGUCCAUACGCUACUACGCCCACGCCAGCUUCCUAGUGACGACGGGUGAAGCCGGCGGUGCGCCGGCCGACUACGUGGCCCGUAGCUUGAACCGGGGGAGCUUCUUCUGGUCGCUGGGGCUCAGGGCCUUCUACCUGUCCUUCACUCUCUUCCUCUGGAUAUUUGGGCCGAUUCCGAUGCUGGCGAGCAGUGUGGCGAUGUGCUGCCUCUUCUUCUUCUUGGACACCACCACCGAGUUCUUCCACGUCUCGGCCACCGUAAAGGAAGUUGGUGUUACAGAGGAAGUCUGAUUACAACUCAUGCCUUCAUGUGAUCUGGAUGAAGAAGAAAUCAGGUGGUGGUCAGAACACAUAGAAUAAAGAAGGUGGAUUCCCAUGGCAGUCUCUGAUGAGUCGUAAGCAAUAGAACAGUGAGGUUGUGUCGGAUGAUGUGCGGCGAGGGGCGGAAGGUGAUGCCAGAAGAACAGAGAGCACAAAGGAGUGAGAUGCAGAAGAGCUUGCAAGUCACCAUCUGUGCUCUCUAUCUUCUGUCAACAGCAUCACCAGACUGCCUCCAUUGCUUCUCACCACCACCGAGGGAGAAGUGACACUCUCAAGAAGUAGGAUGAAGGAUUCCACACUACUAUUUAUAGGAGUGAGUAGAAAAGAGGUGUGCUCGAGGCUCAAACUAGAACAUUUCUCUUGGCAUGCCAAAAGCAGCUCCGGAUGGAUUCCUUACGGCACUCGCUGGAUCAUGAUAUCGGAUGACAGAAGCGAAGUGGAGGUGACACAAUGGCAGAGAUCGCGUAAGGGAUUGAUAUGGCACUGUCGCAACUUGGCCAGAAGCUGUCGAAAGCAGAACGAAGAAGAAAGCCACCACCAUGUCCUCCUCCUCUAUCCAUUUCUGAGGAACCCGAAUCAUCGGUUAUCUUUACAGCGGUUUGAUCUCAAGGUACGAACUCUUCGAUGGCGGCUGGGAGAUGGGGGCGAUGGUGGCGGACAGAAUCUUGGGUGUGGUGGUCGACUCGUAUGUCCAUUGUUGCGUUUGGAUUGUUCUGUCGGUCUUUAGCUCCAUCGACGGGGUCUCAUCGGGAUUCUUUGACGUCGCGCCACCGGGAAUCUUCGGAUCGAUGCGGUGCGGUCGUGUCGCCACGCUGUCGACGGAAGCAGAGAAUUUUGAUCGGAGAGGGCAUUCGGAAGGGCUGUUG